GCGGCGCGCUGUCCUGCGGCGGCGCGGCGCGGCCUGGCGCGGUGUGUGGCCGUGUGUCGCGGUGUGUCCCGGUGUGUCGCCGAUUGUCGCCGUGUGUCGCAAUGGUGAAGCUCACGGCGGAGCUGAUCGAGCAGGCGGCACAGUACACCAACGCCGUCCGCGACCGAGAGCUCGACCUGCGCGGCUAUAAAAUCCCAGUCAUUGAGAACUUGGGGGCCACUCUGGACCAGUUUGAUGCCAUCGAUUUCUCUGACAACGAGAUCCGCAAGCUGGACGGGUUCCCGCUGCUGCGGAGGCUGAAAACGCUCCUCAUGAACAACAACAGGAUUUGUCGGAUUGGUGAGAACCUGGAGCAGGCUCUGCCCAGCCUCACAGAGCUCAUUCUCACCAACAACAACAUUGCUGAACUGGGUGAACUGGAUCCAUUAUCAACUAUUAAAUCCCUGACUUACCUGAGCGUUCUAAGGAAUCCUGUAACAAAUAAGAAACAUUACAGAUUAUAUCUAAUUCAUAAAGUUCCCCAGGUCAGAGUGCUGGAUUUUCAAAAAGUGAAGCUCAAAGAGCGACAGGAGGCAGAGAAAAUGUUCAAGGGCAAACGGGGUGCACAGCUUGCAAAGGAUAUUGCCAGGAGAGCAAAAACCUUCAAUCCAGGGGCUGGUCUACCAACAGACAAAAAGAAAACUGGGCCCUCCCCAGGGGACGUGGAGGCAAUUAAGACUGCCAUAGCGAACGCCUCGACGCUGGCGGAGGUGGAGCGGCUGAAGGGGCUGCUGCAGGCGGGACAGAUCCCCGGCAGGGAGCGCAAACCAGGCCCAUCGGAGGACGGUGAAGAAGAAAUGGAAGAGGACACAGUGCCAAACGGAUCGUAGCCCGGGCCGUGCCGCGCUCCGGCCCCCCCAGGAGCCCUUUCCCGUCCCGGGCCGCGCCGGUGUCCCCGGCGGAGCCCACCGCCCCCGUCCUCGCGCAUUUCGCUUUUCAAUAAACGAACGGUCCCUUUUUC